AUGUCUUCACCUUCCUCCAACAGUGAAAACGAGAGUCCUUCAACAUGUGAACAAUUUAAAAUUAUUGGUAAAGUAGUUGCAAAAUAUAGACUACAAAAAUAUCGUAAAGCAUGGGAAUCUUUGGCAGACUAUACGGGUUGGUUGACUGAGGCUACAGGUAGAGAUUUUGGAAAAGCUUUUUGUCGUGCGUUCAAUAAUAUUAUGACUGCCGAAAUUAUAGUGAUAAAAAAUCACUCAAAAUCAGCUAAGCGUAUGCGAAUGGUUAAAGUAAUACCAAAAACUAAUAUAUCUACUAUGUUUAAAAAAGUAGAAAAUCCGUUAGAAACGCAAAUAAAAAGAACGGAAUUAAAACUAACGUGA